UCUAUAGACGGAAGCGAGAGUCACCCUUCAUCGUUUUUCUUACAGCGCGGGGAUUCAUGCCAAAUGCGCGUUUGCGCGGGAAAGGUGUGCGUAUGCAAUGUUGCCUAUAGAUAGCUUACGUGUUUCCCUGCGGCGUCUUCUAUCCUGUCUUUUCGAUUACGCACCUGAUUGCUGUCUCUCCAACCAACGGUGGGUUUAAUAUGAACAUCCCGACAGCCGUAUUGUCUCCUCCGCAUCGGGCAGCGUAAAUGUAUCUAUUUGUAUGCAGUUGUCACACCGUGCAGACGUCAUCCGCACAGGACCCGGUUAAGCUUUGGUUAGCCUACAUGCUUUUCUCUCUCUCUCCAAUCCGUGUACAAUCGCCUGUGUUGUGUUUGUUUCUCUUUGACCACAAUACCAAUCUACAAUGACAGCUCAGAUAUGAAGGGAAAUGGAAUAUACAAAGAGAAGACGUGAAAACGCACCAUGCAGCCAUGCAGUCGGAUAGGUAUAGCCUAUAUUGCUAUUCAAUAGGCCUAGAUAUAGCCAAGUUUGAUAUUUAGGUAUUACUUUGGUGGCGUAUUUAUCUUACUGACAUGUAUUGGCUAAUAUUUGACUCUCCAAGAUGAAUGGCCAUUUCAGGAGCAGUGUUGCGUAUUGAAUGGUCAACUUGGCUAAUAUGUCUGCAUAAACGUCGUGUUCUCCUGUGCUGUACCCUGGGGAGUGAGUGCCCGUCGUCCGACGGGUGAUAAUCACCUACAAAAGCGAGUUUGUUUGUUUGGACGGCUGGCGGCACACCCGCGCACACACACACUCAACACAGCGUGGCCACCGCUGUCCAACGUGCUGAGUUCUGAAUCCAGCACCGGUCUCCAGGAGGAGAGGAGGGAAGGGAGACAAAAGGAGAAGAAGAGACCGGAGCGUGGGAAGGGGAGGCUACAACACACACUGGACAUUUAGGAGGGGAUGGAAGUGAAAUGUCACCCAAUAAAUCGAAAAUCAAUACGCAGCUAUGACAGUUGAGCUAUCUCGUUCAGGGUGAGUUUUUGCCAAGCAAUUUCACCAACUAGACUCCUGAUGAAAAUAUGGAAUGAAAUAAUUUUAUGAAAACAGUUUCAUGAUGCUCACGAAACGUACAAUUAAUGAUAACGCAAUGUUUCAUAAGCACUAAAAUGUAGUGUAUGUACACUAAAGGCAGUUAUCAAGAAGUAGACUACUAUUUAAAUAUACCUGAUUCAACACCACGGACCGGACCGUCUAGCCGCCACCAUGGGACUCUGACCGAGCUGCGAGCGACUAGAGGCGGUUGUUUAUGUGGUCUGUGCUCCGUGUGUGGACGGAGUGCGGACCGGACCUGAACAGCAGUGAGACAUUGAUUGAGCCAUGGCAGCCGCUAUUGCCAGCGGUCUGAUCCGGAAGAAGAGGGAGGCACGGGAGCAGCAUGUAGACCGACCACCCCCGAACAGGCGGAGGAAGAGCCCCAGUAAGAACAAGGGGCUCUGCAAUGGAAACCUGGUCGACAUCUUCUCCAAAGUGCGUAUCUUCGGCCUGAAGAAGAGGAGACUACGGAGACAAGAUCCACAGCUCAAGGGUAUAGUGACCAGGUUAUAUUGCAGGCAGGGAUACUACUUGCAAAUGAACCCAGAUGGUUCUCUUGAUGGGACCAAGGAUGACAGCAGUAACUCCUCUUUGUUCAACUUAAUUCCUGUGGGUCUCCGAGUUGUUGCGAUUCAGUCCGUGAAGACAGGGUUAUACAUCGCCAUGAACGGGGAGGGCCAUCUGUACACAUCAGAACUCUUUACGGCGGAAUGUAAGUUCAAAGAGUCUGUGUUUGAGAACUAUUAUGUGAUCUACUCGUCGAUGCUGUACAGGCAACAGGAGUCAGGGAGGGCUUGGUUCCUGGGGCUCAACAAAGAGGGCCAAGCCAUGAAGGGGAAUCGAGUGAAGAAAACAAAACCAGCUGCUCACUUCCUGCCCAAGCCAUUAGAAGUUGCUAUGUACAGAGAGCCAUCGUUGCAUGAUGUAGGCGAGACCAAAGCGCCCAAAACAGCCGUCCCUCCCAGUAAAAGCACAACCGAGCCCCCAGUGAUGAACGGAGGCAAACCAGUCAGCAAGCCUACUACUUCUACUACUACUACUGCUACUGCUGCUAAGUCCCCCACAUAGCCACAAUUCACCUGGUGUGUGUGUGUGUGUGUGUGUGUGUGUGUGUGUGUGUGUGUGUGUCUGUGUGUGUCUCUGUGUGUG